AAACAGCGGGUUGUUGAAGAGGGGAUGGAGAACUUCAUCCUCUAUGAGGAACUUGGGACAGGCAGUAGCUCUGUUGUCUAUAAAGGAAGAAGGAAGGGCAAUCUCAACUAUGUAGCCAUCAUCUGCGCUGACAAAGCCAAGAGACCUGAGAUCACCAACCAUGUACGUCUCAGCCAUGAUCUAAAUCAUCCGAACAUUGUAUGCUUCUAUGAAUGGUAUGAGACAAGUAGCCAUCUCUGGUUGGUAGUGGAGCUCUGUACAGGUGGUUCCCUGGAGUCUGUAAUUGGUCACGAUGGAUGUCUGUCAGAAGAUGUAGUGAGACGGUUUGGAUGGGACUUGGUCAAAGGACUGAAACACAUCCAUGAGUUAGGAAUCAUCUUCUCUGACUUGACCCCUGCUAAGAUCCUACUGGAUGGUAGUGGCACUCUGAAGUUUGGUAACUUCAGUUUGUCCAAGGCAGAUGGAGAGACACUGGAGGAUUUCUUUACCUCGAUCCCUACAUCUGAGGAGGCAGGGGGAGGAGAUAGCAAGGAGAACUUUGACAACAUGAGGAAAAGAUUACAUGGUCCUCCAACUUAUAGUGCUCCAGAGGUUUUGCAGGGUUCAGAAACCAAUAUAAGCUCUGAUCUAUGGGCUUUGGGUUGUACACUCUACUACAUGUAUACUGGUAAACCUCCAUUUUAUUCUGAUAGCGACACUGAAGUGACAGAGAUGAUUUUGCAUCAGGAUCCGCCGCCUCCGAGACAGACAGUGUUUUCAGACAGUACUCCCAGUGAAGACUUCCUGAAUCUUCUGAGAGGCUUGCUCAACAAAGAUCCAGAUAGGAGGAUGGAGUGGCCGGAGUUGCUGGACCACCCUUUCUGGACACAAGUAAGGAUAGAGGAAGAUGGAGAAGAGGAUGAGGAGGAUGAAGAAGGGGAUCAGGUGGAAACAAAUAGCUGUGAGGAGGUUGUUUCAGCUAACAUGAGACACACACGGAACCUUGACCCUUUAACUCCAGGAGAGGCAGACAUACUUCCCAGUAGCCAUUUAGCCAUCAUCCAGCCAGAUCAUAGGACUUCUAAGAAACUAAUUUCACCGCAGACAACAACUGCAAUAACUAACAGACCAUCUGACAGGAGGACUGAUUGCCAACAAGCUGCCAGACAACCAGUCAGUGGAGCCUUAAGGAGCAACCAGGGCUUAGAUAAGGAGAUAGUAAACAAGAGAGGAGGAGAGGGUGAUGCAAAGACAAAAGAUGAUCCCCAGCUAACUAAGGCCCAGCAGAUGUGCUACUCACUGCAGCCCAAUAAGUCAUUCAAUCAAGAUAAUGUAUCAGAGCUCAGGCCGAAGAGUGGUGUGGAUGAGGACAACACUGAAGCCAUUUUUCUGCUCAGUUCCUGUGCCAACUCAAGGAGAAGCUGCAGUAUCUCUGAUGGUUCAAACGCUCCCUCUGCACCUCAGACCAGUCCUGGUACUGACAUCACAUCCUGUUUGAAAGCUCUUCUCCAUACUGACUCUGAUCUGACAGUCACUCCAAUCAUAGACAACCCCAAGAUUCUCAGGAGUCCUCCUGUGCGAUUUGAUGCCAAAACCCUAUGUGUACCUGCAUUUUCAGUUGAGAAGCUGCAGUCCCUAAGUGAUGAGGAGUGGACAGUCUUUAUCUUACAGCUUUGUUCAUCCCUUGAAGAACAGAGCCCCUCCACUGCUCCUCCUCCUCCUCAGUCCACCGCCACUCGCUCCAGACUCAACCUGCUGUGCCACCUCUGCUGUGUGGUUGGACAUAAAGUCAUUGCUAACAGGCUGAUGAACUCAACACUGCUUCCAGUGUUGACCCAGCAGUUACGACAGGCUCCCAACUGGGAUGUACGGAGCAAGGUUCUCAGAGUGAUUGGUCUACUGGCUCUGCACUGUACUGAGCUGAGAGAGGACAGUCCUGUUUCUGAGGCUGUGUCCACACUGACAGACCUGUUGAGGGAGAACCUGAGGAAUAGUAAAAUAAAGCAGUUCCUGCUGCCACCACUCGGGGAGAUCCUCUACCUCAUUGCCUCACAGGAGGAGAAGAGAGGCUCCCCAGAGGGACUGUGGUUCGUUCCCGCUGCCGCCUACACUGGCUUAAUGAGGAGCCUGCGGGAAGGGGAUGAUUCCAUAGUUCAUCACAUGGCUGCAAAAGCCAUAGAAAACAUCUCCACCAUUGUCUCUGGACCCUCCCACCACCUGGUUACCACAGAGAUAGGCUCCGCCCUAUGGUACCUGUUCACUCACUCUACUGUGGAGGCUGUCAGAGUCACUGCCAUCUCUGCUCUUUCAAGGUUAACCCGGGUAGCUCCAGCAGUCUUCUUGGCAGUGAUUGACACAUGUGGCCCUGCAGCCAUCUUGGAGGGCGUGGUUGGGGCAGGGGCCAGGGUCCAACAGCACCUGCUCACUGCUCUGGCCACUGCCCUACUCGCCUCACGUAUCCAAACACAUCGUAUCACACAGAGCAGGGAUUUGGUGUCAAAGGUGAUGCGCUGUCUUGAGAGUCCAUCCACAGUAACAAGAGCCAAAGCAUUACUACUACUACUGCUACUAAUACAGGACAAUACACACACACUGCUGUACUGCUGUCAACACAGACUUGUGAUGCACCUGGAGAGAGACCUGCGCAAAGCCACACCCCUCGGAGAGAAUGCCAGCCAAUCAGGAUACCUGUCUCAGUGUCUCGAUUUACUGAUUGCAUAUCUGAGUAGCACUGCACCACUAAUACUUGAGGAUGUCUUAUGUGCGUUACGAGGUGUGAUUGGGAGGAGACACCCAUCUACAGCUCAGAGCAGACAGCUGAAACACACUUUGCCUACAAUGCCCGUAGUGCUGGAACUUCUUUCAUCACAGGUCUUUAGAUCUCAAAUUGUAACUGAAGAGUUUCUCGCUCAAAUUGGAUUGCUGCUGAACUAUAUUACCUCUAUAGAGUCAAAUGAAACAAAUCUGGCUGGUGCAUUGGGUGCUGCAGUGUGUGAGGAAUUGAUCAGGACAUCUCUGUCCAUCGUGGAAGUCCUGAGUCAGCACCAUGCCCUCAUCACUCCACAUCACAGUGCUGUUGUGGAGUCCAUCCUGCCUCCUCUGACAACACUGGCUUUCAGCAGAAAUGUGGAGUGGUCUGUGUUUGUUUUGAGGGUGCUGUCCGAACUCAGUCUUGUCCUGCUGGUCCAGGAGAGUGAUGGAACGGAGGAUGAGGAGGAGACAGAGGAAAAGAGAGAGAGAAGAGAGGAAGGAGGAAGGACAGCGAAAGGAGGAGAUGAUGGAAGCUCUUGUGAUGAGAUCUCAGCUCUUAUCAUCAAAUCUCUGCUUCCAAGGUAUGAGUCUCUUUUUCGAGCAGCAGAGCCCAUCCCGCUCUACGCAUUCAAACUGCUGGUAUCGAUGACUGAAAACAGCACGCACAUCUGCAGGUUGAUUAAACACAGUAGGAUUCUACCAACAGUCUUUCGUCUCAUUAUGGCAAACAGUAGUGAUGUUACCAGUGGGCUGGUCCAGAAUGCAGUCGCUUUGCUGUGUAAUCUCAGUGGAGACACAGUCUUGGACCUGGAGCCACAAUACCAACAAGGUCUAAUAGAGGUGGUGGUGAGCACCCUCUCAGAAGCUGCACUAGUCCACCUGGAUGAGAGAGAGGGGCAUGCUGGGAGAAAAGUCAGCCAUCUCGUGUUACAAGCCCUUCUGGAGCUGCUUCACAACAUCUUAAAACAAACAUCUGUUGUCGUCCGCUCUGCACUGCAGAGCCAGAGGCUAUCUUGUCCAGCAGUAGAAAUGGAGGCAGCAGAGAAGCUGCUCCUGGAAAACAGACCCCUGAGCCAACUCAGCACACACCUCAUUCACAUGCUGUCCACUGAUAACCAAGAGGUUUGGGAGGAGACUAUUCAGUGUCUGUCCCUACUGGUCCAGCUGUAUGGAGGAGAGAGUUAUGACUGCCUGUCACCUUCCUGUUUGCAAAGCUUCUCACAUGUUCUGCGCACACACAUGCACACAGAGACUCCCCGAAUCCAACGCACAACCUUCAGGAUCAUCAAACGACUGGUGCAGACCACAGAUCGUUCUGAUUGGUUAGAAUGUCCUGAGGGGACGGAGCUUACCAGUCUACUUCAGGACAUAACUAUGUCCAACAGGUGUCACAUUGAUGUGGUUCCACUGGCUGCUGAAAUCCUCCAGGAGAUCUCUGGAUCCUAGAAGCAUUUCCUUGUUUAACCUGAAGCAAAUCACAACCAUCAAACACAAAUAAUAUGCUAAAGAGUUGUUCUUUCAAAUGUUGUAAGUUUUGGAAUAAAAUGUCUUUAGACAUUAUUUAUUUGUUAAAUCUCUUAGUUGUUCGAGUCCUUUUAGACAUUAGAUUGGAUAUAUGUACAUGACAAUGUAAUUUGUGCUUCUUGACUGUUUAAAUUGAAGAGGGCGAGGAGAGCCGGUAUCAGGGAGAGGCUGAUCCGACUUGCACCUGAGAGCUGUUUCUCUUUCAAGCCUUCUUCUGUCUAGUGUCCACUCGCAGGAGAAAAAAGUGGAUGAGAUGUGAUUAAGGCUCAUUCAGCAACGGUUUUUCAACACCAUGCCCCUUUCUGCUGAAGCACAACUUUUCUACGAUAGAGUGGCACUUAUCAGCAUCAGGAAAAGGUGUGUGGUGCUUGGACUAAAUGCAGCGGACCGCGAAAGGGUCCCCACUGAUGGCAUACACUAACAAGCUGGCCGGACAGGAAAUGAAAUUGAAAAUGUCAGACGAAAAGAGGGAGGAGAGUCGGUAUCACGCUGAGGCUGGCCUGAUUUGGAGCGAGAGCUAAACCUCUACCUUCUUCUGUCGUGUCUGAUCACAGGAGAGCGAAGUGAAUGAGAUGUGAUUCUGGCUCACUCAACAACGGGAGAUCUGGGACUGCUCUAUGCACAUCUGCCCAGAGACAUGGUUAACGCCUGACAUCCCGGAUCAAGCUGCUGUACUGGAUAGACUGACCUUGGGCGGGCCAUUUGGACAAGGGACACUGAUGCAAAUUCAAAAAAUGCACUGCAGGAAUUGAACGAUGCCAUCAGCAGCAUCACCAAGCAACUGGACGAACUCUUCAUAGUAGCUGCUGAUUUUAAUCAACUCGACCUUUGGCUCCGAAGAUGUGACAGGAUCAAGGAUAACUGUAAUUUCGCUUUUUUAUACUUUGUUAAAAAAUGACCAAAAACCUUCUAUCUUGUAAUAGUUUUUGCUAUUUUUAAUUUUAAUGGCUGCUCCUUAAACCUUUGAGACCACUGUGAGUUUGACUGUGUUGUGCCAGAGCACGCUAUAACUCUCUCCAUGAUCCUCAUCAAAUGUGCAAAUUGGAUCAAUGACA